AAAGGUCCUCCUGCGGGGAGGAUGGAGACACAGCGCCAGUGCCUGGCGUGGGGAGCGGACCAGGCCGUGGCCUCCCAGAGCCAGCGCAGGAGCCGAGCGCGCUGCCCGCCCGCCGCCGGCCGCUAGGGGAGGGGAAGGAAAAAGGGACGGACCGACGGACCGGCCCGCUAAUCCCCUCCGGGGUUGUUCCUCACCGCCCGGGUCCGAGCCCGUGCCCCGCCUCCGCCGCGCCCCACCUCCUCCGCGGGCCUGCGGCGGCGGCGGCGGCGCUCCGCCCCUAGAGCCGGGAGGGCCGCGCUCUCCUCUCCGCCCCGCCCCGCCCCGCCCCGCCCCCUCUCCUGCUCCGCUGCCGUGCUCGCCUCACGCCGGCGGCGCGGACCCGGGAAGCGGAGCCCUCGGCUGCUCCCGGUUCGGAGCCCGCUCUGUGGAGUCUGAGGCAGCGACGGGCGCCAGGCCGCCCGGAGCGGCGGAGGCGGCCGCUGAAGGGGAGUGUGAGGAGGCAGCGGCGGCCCCGGGAAUGUGAGGCAGCGCGGAGCGGGAGAGACGAGCCGGGGUGGGGGCACGAGCCGCGGCUGCCGUGCCUCGGACGAGCCGCGAGCCUCUCGCCUCUCGCCUCUCGCCUCUCGCCUCAGCGCGCGGCCCGCCAGGAGCUUGGGGGCUGGGUGCCGGGGGACCGCGCGGGGGCUGGGUUCUCUGAUUCAUUCAUUCUCCGCCGUCGGGAGCCCGAGGCCGCGGGUGCUGCGAGGAGAGGCGGGAAGAGGGGCGGCCGCGGAGCGGGGCUCCAUUGUGCUCGGCGGGGGCCGGGAAGCCGAGGGAGGUGGGCUCGGGCCCCCAGCGCUGCUCCCCGGCGGCUGCGCCCCCAGCUAGCCGCCAGCCUGGAAAUGGCUCCGCUGAUGCUCCUCGUGAGAACGAAUCGAUCCUUCCCAGCCUUCUCUGCCUGCUCUCCACCUCCUCUCUGCUCCGAGUCUUAGGAGGACGAACAUUCAAAGGACAGAUUCCAAUGUGGUGUGCCGUGCACAUCGCGAGUGGUCGGGGCUUGCACUAAGAGAUUUCUUCCAUAUAAUUUUUUUUUUUUUUUUAACGUAAGGGAGACAGUGGCAUUGCUGCCUGUAGGAUUUUUAUCCAAGUGCACGUCGCGUUGGGUUGCACGCUCCACCCCCAGGGACCUGGUGUGGUGAAAUUUGAACCCACCGCCUUAGCCCAAAGGCCGAGUAACCUGGCUGCCUGAGUGUCGUGGAAGACGUGAGCGAAAUGACCAGCGAACUCAUUUUUUAUUAGACUCGCUGAAGCUUGGCUUUUGCGUUUUUCUACACGUACACUAAUUUUGUGGAAUAGUUAAGUGCUAUAUUCUCCGCGCAACCUUUUCAAAUUCCAAAUGUUUGAACGUUUUGGUGUCAGCGCGAGUGAAAUCAUUUUACCGACAAGAACUAACUGAAUUGUCUGCUUCGUUGAGUUGCCUCCGGAAAAGAUCUUCGGGGGUGGAAAAGCAACUGCAAAAUAACAGACGGAGAAAAUUCCUUGGAAGUUAUUUCUGUAGCAUAAGAGCAGAAACUUCAGAGCAAGUUUUCAUUGGGCAAAAUGGGGGAACAACCUAUCUUCAGCACUCGAGCUCAUGUCUUCCAGAUUGAUCCGAACACAAAGAAGAACUGGGUACCCACCAGCAAGCAUGCAGUUACUGUAUCUUACUUUUAUGACAGCACAAGAAAUGUGUAUAGGAUAAUCAGUUUAGAUGGCUCAAAGGCAAUAAUAAAUAGCACCAUCACUCCAAACAUGACAUUUACUAAAACAUCUCAAAAGUUUGGCCAGUGGGCUGACAGCCGGGCAAACACUGUUUAUGGACUGGGAUUCUCCUCUGAGCAUCAUCUUUCCAAAUUUGCAGAAAAGUUUCAGGAAUUUAAAGAAGCUGCUCGGCUUGCAAAGGAGAAGUCGCAGGAGAAGAUGGAACUGACCAGUACCCCUUCACAGGAAUCAGCAGGAGGAGAUCUUCAGUCUCCUUUAACACCGGAAAGUAUCAAUGGGACAGACGAUGAGAGAACACCUGAUGUGACACAGAACUCAGAGCCAAGGGCUGAGCCAACUCAGAAUGCAUUGCCAUUUUCACAUAGUUCAGCAAUCAGCAAACACUGGGAGGCUGAACUAGCCACCCUCAAAGGGAACAAUGCCAAACUCACCGCAGCCCUGCUGGAGUCCACUGCCAACGUGAAGCAGUGGAAGCAGCAGCUUGCCGCCUAUCAGGAGGAAGCAGAGCGGCUGCACAAGCGGGUCACUGAACUGGAAUGUGUUAGUAGUCAAGCAAACGCUGUGCAGAGCCACAAGACAGAGCUGAAUCAGACCGUGCAGGAACUGGAAGAGACACUGAAAGUAAAGGAAGAGGAAAUAGAAAGAUUAAAACAAGAAAUUGACAAUGCCAGAGAACUCCAGGAACAGAGGGACUCUCUGACUCAGAAGCUACAGGAAGUUGAAAUUCGAAAUAAAGACCUGGAGGGGCAGCUGUCUGACCUAGAACAGCGUCUGGAGAAGAGCCAGAACGAACAAGAGGCUUUCCGAAGUAACCUGAAGACACUCUUAGAAAUUCUGGAUGGAAAAAUAUUUGAACUAACAGAAUUACGAGAUAAUUUGGCCAAGCUACUAGAAUGCAGCUAGAGAGUGAAAUUUCAGUGCCAUUAGGUGAAGAGAUACUGUCUGUCUUCGUAGGACUGUUGGGCUCUGUACCAAGCUUGCACAAAUUUUUUUGAAUAUCAUUCCUCCAGGAGGAGGGUGUUUUGAAAAUUGGAAUUGUAUAUUUCAGUAUAAAUUUUAGAAUUUAGCUCAUAGCUAGUUGGG